AUGGCAGACAGUGCAAGCGAAUCGGAUUCUAGCUCCGUCGAUGGUUUAAUGGUCGCUCCGAGUCCUAUGACUCGAGAGCAAUUUCAGAAAAGAAUCGAUUCUCUCUAUCAAGAGAAUCGCGUACUCAAAAUAGAGCUCGAGACCUAUCGCCUCCGCGUUAAGCAGCUCCAGGAGGAGAAUACCGAGCUCCGCAGAGCUUCAGUCAACAUUCAAGCAAAAGCGGAGCAAGAGGAAGAGUAUAUUAGCAACACUCUACUUAAGAAGAUCCAGGCUCUGAAGCGUGAGAAGGAGACCCUCUGCCAGAACUACGAACAAGAAGAGGAAUGCCUCACGAACGAUUUGUCGAGGAAGUUGACACAACUCAGGCAGGAAAAGGUCCAACUCGAACAAAGCCUCGAGCACGAGCAGGAGGCUCUGGUGAAUAAGUUGAUGCGAAAGAUUGAGAGGCUCGAAGCCGACACCCUCACGAAACAGAACAAUCUCGAGCAGCUGAGACGGGAGAAAGUUGAGCUGGAGAGCACUCUAGAACAGGAGCAAGAAGCGCUGGUAAACAGACUUUGGAAGCGGAUGGACACCCUCGAAGCUGAAAAGCGCAGUCUCCAGGAGAAACUGGAUCAACCAAUAAGUGCUCCGCCGUCUCCCCGAUCAGACGUGGCUCCGCCUCGACCACCGAAUCCCGAUCCUGCGGGAAUGACCCGGAACAUCCGAAAUCUGAAGCAAGAAGUCAAUCGACUCAAAACACUAUUGCACAAGACCGGCCGUGAGAAUGCUGAAAAGAUAGCUCAACUAUCCCAAGAGGAGAAACAAAUCAAAGAAGAGAAUUUCCGUCUCCAGAGAAAGCUUCAGAUGGAAGUCGAGAGACGCGAGCAGCUGUGCCGCCAUCUCUCUGAGAGUGAAUCCUCGUUGGAGAUGGACGAGGAGCGAAUUUUCAAUGAAGGUCAUUGCGUGGCAAGGAGUCGUGCAGUGUCGUCGCCUAUUCCGUAUGCGGGCCCAGGUCAAAGAUCGAUCUCCCCGGCUCCUGGGGGCGUGUCAUCGAGUUCUUUCCGCCCAGGGAGUCCGAUGGGCUCGUUCCACGGUAGAUGUUGCCCCACGUGUCAACAACCAGUCUUAUUUCCGAUGACAACAGCUCCGGUGUCCGCUCUGAGUCACGUCGGCCACAGAGAAGCGAAUCCUCAGCAAGUUUCCUCUAUGCUCCCGCCCAAUCAUCCGGCAACGGGGUCGGCUGCUGUGAGUGGAUCGGCUUGGCAGUCUCGCAUACCAGCAGCAACUUCAACAAGUCCCGUAAACCUCAUGGGGCCUCCGGCAUCACCCAUGGACACCUCCCGGCCCGGUUACUAA